UAUACAUCCAAUAAAACGGAGAAUAUGAAAAUCAUGAUUGCAUGCACUUUAAAACUUGGAUUUCAAUAUUCGAAAUGGAAAUGCUCCGACAAAACGAAAUCAACAUUUUUUCCAUUACCAUUAAAUGAAUCGGUUUAGUUGAGGAAGUAACAAUCCGUCGAACAGAAGACAGAUAGGUUAAUAAUCAUUAAUUUUUCGUUCACACUGAAUCAACAAUGGAAACAACUCAGGAAAGCGUUGGCAAGAUUCGAAUAUUUUCAGGAUUACACAGAGGAGCAAAUCGACCAAUGUUGUAGCCUUGGACAACUGAAACAGUACAAUCCGAAUGAUGUGAUAUAUGCAAUGGAUAGGGGUCGUUUGAAUAGUGUGUAUUUCGUGUUAAGUGGAAAUUGCACAAUUUUACAAACUUUAAAGUUGAUGUAUACGAAUGUACACCAAACGAGGAAGUACUAUUUGGCUGAUGUUGAAGAUCUGGAUUCACCGGCCCGGUUGUUACUGGAAAAAUUACAUUGUGAAGCCGAUAAAAAGAGAAAGUUCUCGACAAUACCAGCAGGGAAAACGGAAAAGAAAUGGUUGGACACAGCGAAAGCCGACCGAAAAACAACGUGUCGGAAUGAUUCGAACGAAAGUAUGUCGGGAACAAAUGAUCAGUUGCAUAUACCGAAUGUGACGGAAGAGAUGCAAAGCGAAGUAAAAUUUGUUCACGUAGGAACAUUCAGUCCUGGUUCUGUAUUUGGAUUAGGCGAAGAAAUGAUUGACAGAGCCAUAGUUGCUAGAAAUGUGGUUCAAUGCUUAGAAAUUCCUCGCUACCUCCUGUUUCAAAAAACUCAGAAUUUGGGAAACAUCUGGCAGAGACUGAAGAUGUACCUCAAUUCGUCCAUACCAUCGAGACAGCAGUUGUUCGAGGAUUUUAAUAGAACGAAAAAAUGGACAGAAUUCAAAGAGCAUUUGGUCUACGAAAUAUUCAAAGUAAAACCAUCGUGUAACACCACCCGAAUACAUGACAUCCCCGUACUGUUUCGCAUCGAUGCUGGAUUAUAAAUAUUUUUUAUUGCAUUAAAUUUCUCAAUUUUAUGGUUGAAAUAAUGAUUUUUCAUUCGAUUAAUCUGGAGUAACGUUAAUAUAGUUCUCGGU